UAACAUUUCUUGGUCGAAAAUGCCGAAAAUUUGGGACUACCUCGGUAAAAACUCCCCGAAACAUCGGAAUCUUCAAGAUGGUCUCUUUCAGAUUGCCUCUCAAACUUGCAAUUUAUUGGUUCAAGUAAAUAACACGAAUAACAUUAGUUUCGGUGAUAACACAACGAAUAUUUUAUCGAAUACUUUGGAUUCAAGAUUUCAAAAAUAUAAAAGCACCCGCGAAGAAAGCGACCAAGUCGUCGUUUUAAUUCCACCGGAUAAACCUUCGGGGAGAAUUGGAAGAUCAAAAUCGUUUGGUGGGGGGAUUUUAAAACCAAAAUUAUCUACAGUUCUUGAAACAUCUCCGUUGGGAAACGAGGAAGAGGGUGAAUUAUGGAACCACGGAUUUACUCUUCCAGCUAAUAACAACGACGGUAGUCCAAUUCGAAGAAUAUCAGGACGCAAAGGGUGGUGUAAACCAUCUUGUAUUCCAAUAUCAAUCAUUCUUUUAUUGAUAUUCUUGGUCGUUCUUCUCCCUCUUCUUGACCACGGAACAGAAAAGCAACAAAUUAAUACAACCCCAAUCUCAAAAGAUAAAUGUUUACAAGAAUGCAGCAUAUCAUUAACUGAAACGAUUCCUUUUGGAAUGACUUUUGAACAUAAUCAAAAACUUUACUCUUCCACUCAUGAAACAUGGUUAAAUCUAAUAAAUUCCGCUGACGAUUCCAUCAAGAUUCUUUCAACUCAUUGGGCUUUAAAACAAAAAGAUAAAUAUCCGGAUCCUUCCUCGAUUCACGGCGAAGAAAUUUUUGCCUCUUUACUUCAAGCGACACAAGAAAAGUCAAUUACAAUCAAAAUAAUACAAAAUAUACCUUCCAGAAAUCAACCGAACACCGAUACAGAUUACUUAUUAAAAAAGAAAGUGGCUUCGGUACGAAAUUUGAAUUUUCCACAAAUAUUAGGCAGAGGAAAAUCAAAUUCAAAGUUAUGGAUUAUCGACGACGUUCAUUUUUAUCUCGGUAGUGCCAAUUUAGAUUGGAGGUCGUUAACGCAAACGAAAGAACUCGGUUUGGUUGGAUAUAAUUGUUCUUGUAUCGUUGAGGAUUUGAAUAAGAUUUUCCAGUUGUUUUGGAUGAUGGGCGAGAAAGAUUUUCGACUUCCCGAUCAAUUUCCAAGUUAUUUAAACACAAAGUUUAAUGGCACAAAUCCUAUAAACGUUGAUAAUUAUGAAAUUUUUAUUGCUACAUCUCCCGAUGAAUUUUUACCACCCGGACGAGAGAAAGAUCUCGACACAAUAUUAAAUUUGAUCCAAAAGACGGAAAAUUUCAUUUAUAUCUCAAUUAUGGAUUAUUUACCUCUUUCUAUUUUCUCACCAACAACCAAAUAUUGGCCGAUUCUUGAUGACGCAUUAAAAAAAUCAGCUAUUGAUCAUCACGUACAUAUCAAAAUGUUAGUUGGUAGUUUUAAUCAAACUUGGUUUGCUCAGGAAUAUUUCUUAAAAGCUUUGGAAGAUAUUUCCCAUUCCGAUCCGAAGGUUGAUAUUGAAGUGAGAAGAUUUAUAAUAUCCGGAACUUCAAAUCAACUCAAAAUUGAGAAUGCAAGGGUGAGUAAUGGAAAUUUUAUGGUAACUGAGUCAUCAGUGUAUGUUGGAACAUCCGGAUGGACUGGAGAUUAUUUUAUGGAUAUGUCUUCGAUUGGUUUCGUUCUUUUAGAGAAUUCUAAAAAUAAUCGGUCGUUAAGGGAAGAUUUGGUUGAAUUAUUCGAGCGCGAUUGGAAUUCAAAGUACUCGUUCCCUUUAGAUGUUUUACGUUAACUUUUAAACACUGUAUGCCUUAUUUUC